AUGGCCGACGAAACACCAAAAACCGACAAACCAUUCGGUCACCUCGACGGUACGUCUACUGCAACUCCGGCGACAAAGCAGCAGUGGAUAGAACACGACGGCCUCGUCAAAAUAUGGAUCUACGGCACUAUUUCAGAAUCGAUCCUCAACACUGUUCUCAAGACCAAAGCGACUGCUCGUGAGCUUUGGCUAACUAUCGAAAACUUAUUUCGCGACAACAAGGAGGCCCAUGCUAUGCAAUACGACACCGAACUGCGAACCCUCACAAUUGGCGACUUCAGCUUCGUAGAGUAUUGCAAAUGUCUCAAAACACUUUCUGAUCUCCUCGCUAAUGUCGACUCACCUGUCACCAACCGUCAACUUGUCAUGUACAUCUUAAACGGCCUGACCAACAAGUUCGACUCCAUCAUCAACGUGAUCAAGCACAAGACACCAUACCCCUCAUUCACUGUUGCCCGCUCAAUGUUACAACUGGAAGAGGAUCGACUCUCCAAGCAUGUGAAGCCAGCCAUAAGCCCACCGUCCAACACUUCAUCACCUGACAUCCUAUACACCACUACUGAACAACACUCUGGUCGCGGUUCAUCAUCUGGAUACAACAACCGUGGCACACAUAGAGGUCGCGGUCGUGCGGUCGUCAUAACAGAGGAAGGGGUCGUCACAACAACAAUUGGUCGUACAACAACCACCCAUGGGGCUAUGGGUAUCCACCAUACCUAA